AGGGCGCGCGCGACAGCGGAAAGAAACAAAAUCUUCGCGCUCUAGAAGUUUCCUCGGCGGGGCCAUGAUGGCGGAGGCGGCAGGAACGGGAGUCUCGCGGCUGAGGGAGUGCGACGUCGAGAAGGACCCCGCGGGCGCCGUGCAGAAGCUGACGGCAGCCAUAGAACAGAAGCCAGAUCAUGCAGAGUAUUCUUGUCAAAGAGCAUAUUGUGCGUACAUUCUUCUACAAAAUUACCAUGAUGCCAUUACAGACGCAAAGAGGACACUGUCUCUCGAUCCCAAUAAUGCUAAAGCCUUUCUCAGACAAGGGAUUGGUGAAUAUCAUAUGAAAAACUACAUAUCGGCACUGAAGUCUCUCACUGACGGACAAAAACUGGGUGGAUUUUCCUUCGACAAGUAUGGUGCUGAUACAGAUUUUACUAUUUGGAUUAAAAGAUGUGAAGAAGCCAUCAAUACAGGAUCACGUUCUGAAGUGCAGUCACAGCCAACUAAGCCCAAGUAUGACUGGUACCAAACAGAAUCUCAUGUAAUUGUGACUGUUAUGAUCAAGAAUGUCAAGAAGGAUGAGGUCAACAGACAUUUCUUAGAGAGAGAGCUAAAUGCGUUGGUGAAGCUUUCUUCAGAGGAAGAGUGCAGCUUAAAUCUCCAUCUUCUUCCUCCCAUAAUUCCUGAACAGAGUUCAUUCAAAGUUCUUUCAACUAAGAUUGAAAUAAAGAUGAAGAAACCAGAAGCUAUACGAUGGGAAAAACUGGAAGGACGUGAAGCGUCUCCUAAAGCAAAACAAUUGACACCAGAAUCCAUGCUUCUCUACCCACCUUCCUCUCAUUAUACAAGGAACUGGGACAAAUUGGUGGUAGAGCUCAAAGAAGAGGAAAAGAGUGAAAAGUUGGAGGGAGAUGCCGCUUUAAACCAACUUUUCCAGCAGAUUUACUCAGAUGGUACAGAUGAAGUGAAACGUGCCAUGAACAAAUCCUUUAUGGAGUCUGGUGGGACAGUUCUGAGCACAAACUGGUCUGACGUUGGGAUCCCUUUGGAAUAG